CUUCAUUAUAAAAUCUAAUAAGAAACGUCACGUCACGUCCUAUCGCAUUAUAAGAUUCACGUCAAAUGUUCAAAACAAAACAAAACGUGGUUUUAUCGAAAUAAAAGUGCUCUUUAACAGUUAAUAUGCCUAAACCAACUAAAUUACAUUCCAAAGGAAAGUCCAACUCUCUCCAGAAACCAUGUAAAGUUGAAAAAGACACAUCCGAUGGAGUCGACCCAGAGGAAUCUGUGCGUCAAUUUCAGCUUGAAUUGUGCUGGUGUAUUCAACAGUUAGAACGAUCUUUAAACGAAAAGAAAGGCAAUGAGAAGCAAAUGCAAGAAGCAUGGAAAGUCUUAACAGUACUAAAAAACAACAACCAGCCCACAAUACGCAAGAGACAACUAAUGCGAACACAUUUCGGAGACUAUAGAGCUAAAAUGGCAGCUGAAGAGAAGAAAUUAGCAAAAAUGGCCAGUAAAAUCAAGAUAUCAGAUGUUCCUGACAAACCAAAAGCUACAUUUUUGAGAAAAUCUGCAUUCUUGACAACAGGCAAUGAAUCAUUUAGAUUCAACUUCAAUUUAGCUCCUGAUCAAUUAGAUAAUGACAAAAUUGCUGCUGAUAAUGGCAACACUAGUGGCUGUAAAACUGAUAGCGAUACUAAAGUUGAACCUGAUGUUGCCACUACAAAAAAAGUGAGUGAAGAUAGUGCAAAGAAAUUUAAAUUUUCAUUUACAAAAUCUGAAUUUAAGUUUAAUUUUAAUGUAGAUAAUUCUUAGGUUGUACUUAAAAUAUUUUAUAUGAAUAAUUCUGUACAAAACAUUAUUGGAUUAUAAGUGCUUGAUAAUUA